UGUACGCUGCCUUAACCAAACAGAUUUGCAUCAAACGCUUUUUUCCAAGGAGGUUGUCGGCGAACUGCUUUUAUUAUAUUUCGGCCAGACUUGAAAAGGUUUGGUAAAAAUGAGACCAAAAGCAGACUUGAGUCCACUCCUGUCAGAGAAGUCGUCUAUCCAAAAUGGCAAGGGAUAUAUCUUAUUGAUGUUGCUCUGGAAUGCACCCAAUUUAUUUUUAAUUCUGUGUGGAUCCAUUCAAUAUAUAAUAGAUGUUCGUAAACGGGCACUCAAUGUUCGCUUUAAUCGUUUUUGGACUAUCCGGCUUAAAGUAGCCCUUCUAUUUGCACUUAUUUGGUGCCAUAUGUAUGAUGCUGCUAAAACAAAACAUUACUCUUGGAAUGCACAUUCCUGUACUACUUUUCUGUUUGCUCUCUUUUUACAUCUUACGGAACAAUCAACAUUGCGAGUUCCUAUGGCUUCACUUUUGCUGUUUUACGCACUAAAAUGUAUUUCUUCUCUUACCAUCAUUUUGCUAAAGAUCAAUUUUAACUUCCCUUAUAUCUCCAAGUUUUUGGCAGUAGCGACUUUCAUUCUUUCGCUGCUUGCUCUGCUAGUGGAACUUUACGUGCCUCCCUCAAAUCGUGUUUGGUAUCCCGAGGAUGCAUACGAACUUGAGGAGACUGGAUUGUGUCCAUCUGGACUUACGUAUGCCAAUAUCUUUUCAAAAAUCUUUUUUUCUUGGCUAAGUCCUCUCAUGAAAUUUGGUUAUCGCAACUAUCUCUCCGAGUCGAAUGCUUGGUCCCUUCCCCAUGGCGAGCGAUCUAGAGAUUUAAUAUCUAAUUUUGAAUCGAACUGGAUUUAUUAUUCCAGUAAGGGAAAACAAUCCUCUACUCUGUGGAAGGUCUUGUUUUUAACUCACUGGAAAUUGAUUGUUAAACUUGUUUGCUUAAAGUUUGCUCAGGAUAUUCUGGCUUUUGUUCAGCCUAACUUGAUUCAGAGAAUUAUCUUGUUCGUCAGUUCUUAUGCUAACUCGCAACCACAACCUGUCGCUGAAGGUCUCUUGCUUGCCAUGUCUAUGUUCUUGACUUCUCUUUGUCAAACCAUACUGCUUCAGCAAUAUUUGCAGAUGGCUAUGGUUCUCGGCAUGCGUUGGAGAUCUGAAUUAAUUACUUCCAUUUAUCGCAAAGCUCUUCGUCUUUCUAGUGCUGCUCGACAAAGCCGUUCUAUUGGUGACAUCGUCAACUACAUGUCCGUCGAUACCCAAAAGGUCAGCGAUCUCACUAUGUUUUUAUUCAUUACUAUUUCAGGACCUUUCCAAAUUAUUCUAGCUUUAGGAAGCUUGUAUCGUUUGCUGGGUCUUAGUGCUCUUUCUGGUGUCGCUGUGACAGUUCUCUUACUGCCCUGUAAUGUUUUUAUUGCUAAUAUUUUUAAGCGAUUCCAAAACAUUCAAAUGCAUAACAAGGAUUCUCGUUCUAGAUUGAUGACCGAAAUCAUCAAUAACAUUCGAAGUAUCAAACUUUAUGCUUGGGAAAGCAUUUUCAUGCAAAAGCUUCUAAAAUUGCGUAAUACAAAGGAACUUCGUAUGCUUAAGAAAAUUGGUUACAUUAAUACCAUAGGCAACUUUACUUGGCUUUUUGCUCCAAAUCUCGUUUCCUCCGCUACUUUUGCGACAUUUGUUAUUCUUUACGGGAAAUCUCGAACUUUGACCGUCGAUGUGGUUUUCUCUGCUUUGACACUCUUUAAUCUAUUGCAAUUUCCUUUAACCAUGCUUCCGGUUAUCGUUAGUUCAAUAUUGGAAGCUACUGUCGCAGUGUCCCGUAUUUUCAAUUUUUUGGUGUCUUCCGAAUUAGAUCCUAAUGCUGUUCAAAUUUACCCGGCUGUUGAAGAGCCCGGAAGUAUCUCUUUGGAGAUUAAGGGAGGUUCAUUCUCAUGGGACGAACGUGAUGGUAGAAAGGUCGAAACCGUUCUCCAAAAUAUAGACCUUCAAGCGAGGAAAGGUGAAUUGACCUGUAUCGUUGGCCGCGUCGGAAUGGGAAAAUCAUCUUUAUUGGAAGCUUGCUUGGGUAAUAUGUACAAGCUCAGCGGUUCCGUUUUUCGUUGUGGCAGUGUAGCCUAUGCUGCUCAACAACCUUGGAUUUUAAACGCAACUAUUCAAGAAAAUAUCACUUUUGGACUAGAAUUUGAUGCAGACUUUUAUGAAAAAACUAUUCAUGCUUGCUGUUUAAUACGUGACUUUGAAAUAUUUGCUGAUGGUGAUCAAACCGAAGUUGGCGAAAAAGGUAUCUCUCUUUCUGGUGGACAAAAAGCUCGUAUUUCUUUGGCUCGUGCUGUCUAUUCAAGGGCAGACAUGUACCUUUUGGACGACGUUUUGUCCGCCGUAGACCAACACGUCAACAGAGAUUUGAUUAACAACCUUUUUGGUCCUCGUGGUUUACUGAAGUCUCGUUGUGUCAUAUUGGCUACCAAUUCUUUGACUGUCCUUAAGGAAGCUGCGGCAAUUUAUAUGCUGCGCCAUGGUAAAAUUGUGGAAUCCGGUAGUUUUGCUCAACUUUCUACUUCUCCUGAUUCUCAACUUUUCCAGUUACUUUCGGAUUACAGUAUGAGUGACAGCGCUAACCUUAGUGAAAGUCGAUCCUCUCUUUCUCUGGCUCCCUCUGCUAGCGGAUAUUCUACUGAUGUUAAUAGCCUAAGUCGCUCUUCAAGCACAGUCAGUAACUAUCCUAAAGCAGUGCUCAAGAAGAGUGGCCGUCUACGUGAAAAGCUAACUGAUGAUGAUCUUGGUAAAGUUACCAAGCAAACGGUUGAAACAACUCAAAAAGGAAAAGUGAGAUGGCAAGUAUAUUGGACCUAUUUUAAAGCUUGUUCAUUUUGGUUUAUUGCUUUGUACUUUAUUUGCAUCAUUGGUGGUAUCGCUAUGAACGUUGGAACUAAUGUUUGGCUUAAGCAUUGGAGUGAAAUUAACACCGACAAUGGCUUUAACCCCAGACCUUAUUUUUACUUGUCUGUUUACGUACUCUUUGGUUUAUUGUCUUGCGGUUUGGUUUCCUAUAGUAGUUUGGUAAUCACGGUUCAUUGUGCCAUACGUGCUUGUAAAGCACUUCAUGAUGCCAUGGUACGCUCCGUCUUACGCGCCCCUAUGAGCUUUUUCGAAACUACACCAACAGGCCGAAUUUUAAAUCGAUUUUCUAGUGAUGUAUUUCGCGUGGACGAAGUAAUUUCUAGAGUACUUAUGUCUUUUUUCCGCAACCUUUUCCAAAUUAUUUUUGUGGUGGGUGUCAUUUGUUACUCCGCUCCUAUGUUUUUAAUAUUGGUUGUCCCCUUAUUCUUUUUGUAUCGUUACAGUCAGGUGUAUUAUACUCGUACAUCGAGAGAGCUCAAGAGGUUGGAUAGUGUUACUCGUAGUCCUUUAUAUGCUCAUUUUCAAGAAUCUUUGGGUGGUCUCUCCACAAUUCGUGCAUAUAACAUGAUGGAUACUUUUACAUCUGAAAAUGACAUUCGAAUUGAUACAAACCAUAGAUUUUGGUUCCUAUAUUUCUGUUCCAAUCGUUGGCAAGGUAUUCGUGUUGAGGUGAUAGGUGCAACUGUUGUCUUCAGUGCCGCUUUUUUGGGUAUCCUUUCGGCUAUUCGAGGAAGCCCAAAUUCUGGUCUCGUUGGUCUUUCGUUGUCUUACGCUGUCCUAAUUACUCAGAGCUUGACGUUUGUGGUUCGUCAAUCUGUAGAUGUUGAGACCAAUAUUGUGUCUGUUGAGAGAAUGUUAGAAUACAUUGCCCUCGAGAGCGAGGCACCAGCUAUUAUACCUGAGCAUCGUCCUUCUGAUGAAUGGCCUUACCAGGGUGCCGUCAAAUUUAAUCACUAUAGCGUACGCUACCGCCCUAACCUUCCAUUGGUUUUGGAUGACAUCAAUAUCGAUGUCAAGCCUCGUGAAAAAAUUGGAAUUGUUGGACGAACGGGAGCGGGUAAGUCUACAUUAACUUUGGCUUUGUUCCGCAUGGUUGAGCCCACGACAGGAAACAUUGUUUUGGAUGAUUUAAAUACGUCCACGAUUGGCCUAGAGGAUUUGCGAUCCAGAUUAGCCAUUAUUCCCCAGGAAAACCAAGCAUUUGAGGGUACCCUUCGAGAGAACCUAGAUCCUAAGUAUGUGCAUAGCGAUGCCGAAAUUUGGGAAGCUUUAGAAUCUGCAUCAUUGAACGGAUUCGUAUCCAGUUUAGAAAAUGGGUUGGACUCCACCAUUACAGAAGGAGGUGCAAACCUUUCAUCUGGUCAACGCCAAUUGAUGUGCUUAACUCGUGCAUUGCUAACGCCGACACGUGUCUUGCUAUUAGAUGAAGCAACAGCCGCUGUGGACGUUGAAACGGAUGCCAUUGUUCAGCGUACGAUUAGAGAUAAAUUUAGUGAUCGUACGAUUUUGACCAUUGCUCACCGCAUAAACACUGUCAUGGAUUCGGAUCGCAUUCUUGUAUUGGAUCAUGGUAAAGUAGUCGAGUUUGGUCCUACGAAGGAACUACUUGAAAAGAAAGAUUCAUACUUUUAUUCUUUGACUAAAGAAAGCGGUUUGAUAUAGAAAAAGAAAAAAAAAAGAAAAUGCAUCCUGUUUAUCAAAAAGUCCCCCCCCUCUCUUCUCUUCUAAAAGUUUUCGGGUUUAUCUUUCAGUCUUUUAUCUACAAAGAUCGAAAAAUAUUUGUAAUCUAUUCGACAAUGGCUCUUUCAAUUUCUACAUGAAGAGCUUUUAUUUCGCUAAAUUUAAUGUUUUGGACUGUUGGUAAAGAAAAAUCCCACUGGAUAAUUUACUCUGUGGAACGAUUUGGAUAUGGUAUGGAUCAACAGUCGUGUUGCAGAUACAUAAUGAUUUUUAUGGUAUAAUAUUUUUAUUGUUAAAUUUUGUUAGACAUACGUAUGAAAUAGUCAAUGAACUAUGUUUAGCUGGGUAAAGCUUGUGCAAGGAUGGAUUUAUAUGUAUUUGCUUAUGUAUAUAUGUGUAGAAUAU